AUGUUUGAUAAAAGUUUUCACUAUUUCAUUCCUAAAGUAAGUUCAAACAUUGAUGAUGAAUCAAGAUAAAAAAGGGAGCCAAAGCAAUAGUUUAGAUAUGUAUCUGUUAAUAAAAUAGUGCCAUCAGCAAAAAAUACUUAUAUACCACUUGCAAGUCCACAAUUAUCAGCAUAUGCAAAACCAAGGGAGAGAAUCAAAUUAGAAUAAAAAUUAAUGAGGGCUAGAUAAAAUCGAUCAGUUAACUUUUAGUAGAAACAAGAUCCUUUGAAUGUAGCCAAUUAUCAUUCCAUAUAACAUUCUAAAGUUGAUUCUUAAUUAACAUUUGAAGAUUAGUUAUUGAAAAUAGUUGGUGGUAGAAUACUGUCUUCUGAGGAGAAGAGUUAGUCAAUCUAACCAAAAUGGAGAAGGAAACCAAAAACUCAUCAUCGUAUAUUUUCAAUGAAUGUUCACGAAUCAUUAGAGCUUAAUUAACUAAGAAAAAAAAGGAAUGCCUAGCUUGUUGAUAUUAGAACAGAGUCUCAUAAGGCAUCAAGAUUCAAUACAACUUAGAUUGAGUUCAACAAUACUUUGGAUUUCAACUAAUAUGUAGAGCAACAAAAGGGAAGGAGAUGCUAAAUUCAAUAAAAAUUCAAUGAUUAGUUAAAUUGA